GACUCUGUCUCACUGAAGUAUAGCGCUCUCUUUUUUUCACCACGUGUUUCCAUGGUGACUCCAAAACGCCGAUCCAUUGAGAAUGUCUUUAUGUACCUUCUGUGUACGUGCAGUAACCCACGGCUACCAAGUGGAGCGUAAUUACGCUAACUUAUAUCCGGUCUUUUGGAACCGACAUACCCAGAGUAAGCAAGUUCAGGCGGAUUUCAGCCAGAGUUCAGGCUUAAAGUCAGCCUAGUUUAAACAUGCUUCCUGGAAUAACUCCCAGAGGGUUUAAAACACCAACAGGAAAACCAGUAACGCAUGUAGACUUACUGAAAGAAUGAUUGACUGCUGUAAUGUUACCAUCUAAAGUGACAAUAUGUAAAUGCGAGGCACACACGAGAAACAGAUCCUCUUUCUACAGGAAAUGCCUUUGCAGAUGCAACAGCAAAGCAUGCUGCCACAAAAGAUGCAGAAAUGUGCACUAAUGAGGAUGUGACUGCAGAUGCAACUGCUGAUGUUUUAAGAGAAAGCAGUACAGCGCACCAAAACAAGAAAAAGAUCCAUGGUUGAAAAAGGGAGCAAAGUUUGAACAAGGUCUUUAUGUCAGCACGGAAGGAAAACCUAUUUUACCAAAAUCCAUCUACAGCAAUUUUGAGUCAUGGGCCUUGCCAUGUUUCAACAGGGGGGAUGAUUAAUUUAUUAGAGAAAUAUUAUAAAACUUAUCAAUCUAUUCUCUAUUCAAAAAUUUUUUGUAAACAAUGUGUUACAUGUUUGCGUCAUAAUCCCCAAGGCAAUGUUUGACCAAAAAGAGGAAAAUUUCCUGAACCACCUUUUCCUUUCCAUACAAUCCAUAUGAAUGUUAUUGAAUUAAAUAAAAGUAAAGGAUUGAAAUAUUGUUUAGUGAUUAUUGAUGCAUUUUGUAAAUGGGUUGAAAUUUUUCCAUGUGCAACACAAGAUGCUAUUACAGUAGCUAAAGCUAUUUGUAAAAGAAUUAUCCCAACCUUUGGCAUACCACAAGUGAUAAGAAGUGAUAAUGGUAAACAUUUGGUAAAUUUGGUAAAAGUGAUAGAAAAAAUGGCUCAACUUCUUUGUAUUGAUCUAAAGAGACAUUGUAGUUAUCACCCACAAAGUGCAGGAUUAGUUGAGAGAACUAAUGGCACUAUCAAAUCAAAGCUAAAGAAAUGCAUGGAAGAGACAAACAGACAGUGGCCUGACUGCAUUGACUUAGUUCAACUAAGCAUGCGUAUCACACGCACAGCAGAUCAACCUUUAACGCCUUUCGAAAUGUUGUUUGGACGUUCUUAUAGGUUACCAGACCUUGAUCCUACACAGCCACAUUCUCCAGUUGAUGAUCCAAAUUUAGUGGAUUAUUUGAGAAAAAUGUUUACCACUAAAGAUGUGCAAAGGACAAAUCAAGUGCCAGAUUCCUUUUUAUCUCCACAGGACACCUCACCAGUGCAGGUUGGUGACUGGGUGUUUGUGAAGGCCAUAAAAAGGAAGUGUUGGUCCAGCCCAUGGGGGGAGGGGCCAUUCCAAGUCCUGCUGACUACACCAACAGCUCUAAAGAUUGCUGAAAGGACGUCUUGGAUCCACCUAUCACACUGCAUCUGGAUGAGGCUAAUUCCAACUGCUUAGUGGGGAAGUCUGUCUGCAAAGGGAGGCAGCUGUAUAGAAACAGGGAGAUCCCCCUGGUUUUAGGGAAGAAAGAACACCAGAUCUCUUUUGCACUACACUGAUCCUACACUGUUAGAGGACUUGAGGAGGUGAUGUGCUAGUAAUCUCUCCCUCCCGAAGAUAGGUACAUAUCCACCAUGGCAUGUCUAACUGGCGUAAGAAACAGGUUAUUUGGUCUACUGUUCCUGCUACUCUCAGCAGGAGCCACCACAUGGAUUUGGUUCUUUUGGAAUCGUUAUCCACCUUCAAGAAGAACAACCAACGAGGAAAGACUAAACACUUCUCGACAAUGGCUGAGUAUUGAUGAACAUGAUGUUUUGAAUAGUCAAAGAAGGAACAUGACUCACCUGCAUAUGACAAAUUCUUGGUAUAGGUAUGUUAUGUUACUGGCUAAGGAAAUGAAUAGAUCUGAUUGCUAUGUUUGUUCUGUAAUUCCAGCUUCAUCCCUAAAUCCAAAUUUAAAGGCAAAGCAAUUUUCUGAGUGGAAGAGCGACUGUGUUAUUGAAUAUAGUACCAGAGGGUAUAUUAGUACGGGAGCCGUUACCACUUCAAAUGGUACUCUUGUAAGACCGAGUUGUAAGAGUUUGUACCAGUUUAAAAAACUGAAAUUGACCAAAUCAUUAGCUCUAAAUGCUAGUGUGGAACCAGGAACUGUGUUUCCACAUUGCAUAACUAACGAUGGCACAGAGUUUUUAGGAAUUUUGCCGACAAAGAUGUGUCUUGAACUUCUUGUUCCCUUCACAGUCCAGAUAAUCAAUGACAGAGUCUACCAUGGUUAUGCGGUUCCCUGCCCCAGAGGACGUUGUGUUGGAUCUAAUCCAGAUUUAAUGCCAGUUUCUGCAGUCCAUGAUUCUCACCUGUGCCACCGACGUAACCUUAUUGAUGUCAACCACAUGUUUCCAUUUGGGGAUCAGAUGUACCUGAAGACCAUAAACACUGAAAUACUGGGGCAAAAGGUAACUAUGGCAUUGUUUCCCUGGGUGGGAACUGCUAAAAACGCUCUCAGAAUUGAGACCAUUGAUUAUCGAUUUAUUUUGAACGCUACAAUUAAAGCAUUUAAAGGCUAUAAUGAAGAAAUGUCAAGCAUGAGAGUUAUGGUUCUACAGAACAGAUUGGUUUUGGACCUAUUGGUUGCUCAGGAGGGAGGUGUUUGUAAAAUGUUAAAUGAUACCUGUUGUACGUUUAUUCCUGACAACACAGAUGAAGGUCACAGCAUCACUGAAGCAUUAUAUCAACUUGUAAAGGUUCAGCAGGCAAUGCAGGAUGACAGGAAACCCCAAUCUUGGGAUUUCUUCCCCUUGCUUGCUUUUGGUUCCUGGUGGCAAUUUUUGUUUAAAAUAGUGACACCUAUUCUUAUGGUACUGAUUAUAUGUUGUGUGUUCACUAUGUGCAUUUUUCUUUGUAGUCAGUCAAUGAUUUCCAGAGCAGUGAAUGGUGGACUACAAAGUGUUUUUCUGAGUCAAGAAUACAACUUGUUAUUAAAGGGAGAACAAGUUGACUGUAAUGAUUUUGAAACUGUAAUGACUAUUUAAAAAAAAAAAAAAAGAAAAACUUCUCAUCUGAGUGUAAAUUGAAAGUGUUAUGAAAAUUAAGAUGUCAGAAAACUGAAAAGAGAUGUGAUAUUGGAUGUGAGAUUUUAACAUUUAUCAAUGAUAAACAGGAGAGACUAUGUGAAGGAAAUUGUUUUAUUAUUAUCAUUGUUUAAAUGUAUUUGUUUAAAUGUA